UGCGCUUACAGAUGUUCUGGAUUUGCAUGAAACGUGACCUCAGACAUGAUACGACUAGAUAAAGACAAGACACGGGACAGGACGGGAAUCAAUGUCACAGUAAUAACAGAUUAUAAACACGCACCUACACAUAUAUACAAACGGGAGUGAAGUACAAACAGGAGAGUGGAGAAGAUUCAACAGGAAGAACACAGCAUCAGCUGAAGACAAUGAACACAUCUCUGACAAACGUGAGCCAAGCUGAAAUGGGCAUAGCCACAGUGUCGAUCGUGAUUGCAUCUCAGGUUCUGAAUCUCUGCUUGGGUCUUCCUCUGCAGUGCUACGCCAUGCAUCUGCUUCUGUCCAAACCCAGCGGAGGAGGAGGUGUGGAUGUGAAUGUGAUCUUCGCUGUGAACCUCACCUUCGUGGAGAUCCUGUACUGCCUCGUGGCUCCUCUGUACUGCCCGUGUAUCAUCAGUUUGACGCUGUGUGUUGGCGCUUUGCUGGGUUUUUGGCUCGGCACCUGCAUGAGUGGACGCUAUGUGUUCCAGUGCUUGCUGUGUUUGGAGCAGUACUUGGCCGUCAUUCAUCCCAUGAUCUUCUUAAAGUUCAAACCCAUGCGAUACCGAGUCGGGGUUGCGUCUGCAGCGUGGUUGUUUGUACUGGGAAUCGGAACUGCCUCCAGCUGCAUGUUCCCUGCGGUUCCUUACAGUGCUUUCGGGGCUGUCUACUUCAUCGUCUUCUUUCUUGACUCUUUCUGCUGCCUCUCUGUCCUCAAUGCACUGGUGCGUCCUGGCCCGAGCGAAAAGGACAAUGGGGAGAUGAGUGCCGCCAAAAAGAAGGCCUUCAAAAUCAUCUCCAUGAACCUCACAACGUUUUUGGUUCAGGUUCUCCCGAUAGUCAUCUCAUUUGGCCUCCUCAACACUCUGCCUCCGGAAAGCUUUCACCUGGGCGUGGCCAUCGGUAUGACCAUCAACAUUGCUGGAGGCUUUGUCCAUCCCAUUUAUGUUCUUCACAAAUACAGAAAACUGCCGUAGAUGAAGGACGUAUAGCUGCAGAACACCAUGCAGCAAAUUUCUAAUGCGUCCUAAUGGGCUUAAUGUGUUUCUGAGGGUCUGUAAUGGUAGUUUAGUGGAGUCUGUUGUUCCUAAGGGUUCCUAUUGGACUAAAUGCAUAUUCUUUUGGUCUGUAAUGGUAGUUCAAUUGAAUAUGUUCUUCCUAAUGGUUCUUAAUGGGGUUUAAUGUGUUUCUGAUGGACUGUAAAGGUAGUUUAAUGGAUCGUUUUCUUCCUAGUGCUUCGUUUUCUAAUCUUAUUCUGGUGGUGAUCUACCCAUGAAAAAAGGCUUUAUUGGGUUCUGGUGGUAUUUAAUACUAACCAAGAAAAUUCCUAAUGGAAAACUUUGAGAAUCUAAUGGAAAACAUUAUGCCCAUUUCUAGGUAUCUAUCUAUAUGUCUCUGACCCCGUAUAUCUGUCUGUCCACCUGUCUGUCAAUACUCAUCUGUAUCUCCAUAUGUCUGUCUGUUGUUUCUGUCUAUAUAUUUGUCUCUCUGUCAGACACAGUAACACCACUUAUAUUAUAUUUUGCACUAUACUGUAACUAUUUAUUAAAGUAAUUAAUUAAUUAA